CCGAGACGAAACUCACCUGCGGGGCCGCGCAUGCGCGCUCCCGGACCGCCCUCGCCUCGUCGGCUCGGAUCGAGAUUAUUUUAGUCGGAAUAAACUGCAAUGACGCGCUGACGCGACGUCCUGGGAUUAAAAAGAGAAGAAGAAAGAAAGAGAAAAAGAAAGAAAGAAAGAAAGGAAGGAAGAAGUGGCAGCAUGGCGAGGUGAAGAUGCGCAGCAGUCAGCAGUGAAGCGGAAACUAGAACCUUUCCUGGAGAGAUAACCAGACACGAUGGCGGGAGACGACGCCUACAUCCAUCACUCCGCCCAGAUUUUCGACAACAUCCUGGAUCCAACGUGGGAGUUUGCCAACUUCUCCACGAUGCCUCAGAUGGCGCCGCUGCGGACGGUGGAUGGACCGUUCCUGCAGAUCCUGGAGCAGCCCAAGCAGCGGGGGUUCAGGUUCCGGUACGGCUGUGAAGGUCCGUCUCACGGAGGUUUGCCCGGAGCCUUCAGCGAGAAGAACCGCAAGACCUUCCCCACCGUCAAGGUGUGUAACUACCAGGGCCAGGCCCGGGUGGUGGUCCAGCUGGUGACGGCGCUGACCCCCCACCCUCAGCUCCACGCCCACAGCCUGGUGGGGAAGCAGUGCGACAAGGGCAUCUGCAUCGCCGACCUGCAGUCCAAGGACGCCACCAUCAGCUUCCCCAACCUGGGGAUCCUCCACGUCACCAAGAAGAACGUGAGCAAGACGCUGGAGGAGCGGAUGGUGGAGGCCGUCCGGAUGGGCUACAACUGCGGCGUCUCCAUCCACCCGGAGGUGGACGCCCUGCAGGGGGAGGUCCGGGCCCCGCGGGAGCUGAGCGACCACCAGCGCAGCCUGAUCGGCGGCGCGGCGGCCAACCAGGCCAAAGACAUGGACCUGAGCGUCGUCCGGCUCAUGUUCACCGCCUUCCUGCCCGACAGCGACGGGGGCUUCUCCCGCCGGCUGGAGCCGGUGGUGUCGGAGCCCAUCUACGACAGCAAGGCCCCCAACGCCUCCAACCUGAAGAUCGUGAGGAUGGACCGGACCGCCGGCUGCGUGACCGGGGGGGAGGAGGUCUACCUGCUCUGCGACAAAGUCCAGAAAGAUGACAUCCAGGUGAGGUUCUACGAGGAGGACGACUCGGGCCUGACCUGGGAGGCGCUGGGAGACUUCUCCCCCACCGACGUGCACCGACAGUUCGCCAUCGUGUUCAAGACUCCGAAGUACCGAGACCAGAACCUGCAGAAACCCACGUCCGUCUUCGUGCAGCUGAAGAGGAAGUCGGACAACGAGACCAGCGAGCCCAAACCGUUCACCUACCACCCGCAGAUCAUAGACAAGGAGGAGGUCCAGAGGAAGAGACAGAAGACGCUGCCCAACUUCCAGGACUUCAGCGGCCACGGCGGAGGAGGAGGUCUGUACCGAGGAGGGGGGGCGGGGCCAGCCGCAGGGGGAGGUCCCGGACCAGCAGGGGGCGGAGCCGGAGGAUACUUCCAGGGCUUCACGGGGUACAACUACGGCGGAGGGGGCGGGGGUGGAGGUGGGGGAGGGUUCUCCACCGGGUACUCCGCCGGAGGGGGCGGCGGCAUCAAACACGACGAGGGCGGGGCUCCGGAGGACAGCGGCGACGACAGCGGCGACGACAGCGACCCUGACGACGACCCGCCGUCGGGGGCGGAGCUGCGGACAGCGCCCGCCGCGGGCGGCGGGGCUGGUGAGGACCCGGCGGGGGACGACGAGUGUCCCACCACGGCCCGGUCCAGCCGGCAGCUGGACGCCCUCUUCCUCUACUCCGUCACCGGGGACGCGGCCUUCCUGCUGGCGCUGCAGCGCCCCCUGAUGGCGGCGCAGGACGAGGACGGAGACACUGGGCUGCACCUGGCCGUCCUCCACAGCCAGCAGGACGUCCUGAGGAGUCUGACCCAGGUCGUGGCCUCUCUGCCCGGAGAGCAGGUGCUCAACAUGAGGAACCACCUCUACCAGACUCCUUUGCACCUGGCGGUGAUCACCCAGCAGAAGGAGGCGGUGGAGGCGCUGCUGCUGGCCGGCGCCGACCCGGCUCUGACCGAUCGCCACGGCAACACGGUGCUGCACCUGGCGGCGCAGCAGGAAGGAGGCGGGAUGGUCCAGUUUUUACUGAAACACGCAGAGAUGAGGGAGCUGCUGGAGAACCCCAACACAGCAGGUCUGUGUGCCAUCCACCUGGCUGUCCUGGCCAAUCAGCUGUCUUCGCUCAGGGAGCUGUUGGAGGGCGGGGCCGACGUGGAGGUUCAGGAACGCAGCUGUGGGCGGACCGCCCUCCACCUCGCCACGGAGGCCAACAACGUGUCGCUGGCCGGCUGCCUGCUGCUGGAAGGCAACGCCUCAGUGGACCGCUGCACCUUCAACGGCUCCACCCCCCUCCACGUGGCCGCGGGACGGGGCUCCGUCAAGCUCACGGCGCUGCUGAUGGCAGCCGGCGCCGACCCCCGGAAGGAGAACUUUGAGCCGCUGUUCCUCGGGGAGGACGAGGAAGAGGAGGGCUGCGAUGAAGACGACGAAGGCUACGUCCCGGGAACCACUCCCCUCAACAUGGCCGCCACCUCUCAGGUCCUGGAUCUCCUCAGCGGGAAGGACUACGAGCCCAACCCCCCCCACGGACCCGAGGCCCCCCAAGGCGACAUGGCGGCGCUGGACGCGGCGGCGAAGCAGGCGCUGUGCGGCGCCCUGGAUAGUGAAGGAUGCUGGGAGAAUCUGGCGCACGGCCUCGGCCUCGGGAUCCUCACCACGGCCUUCAGGCUCAGCCCCUCCCCCGCCAAGACGGUGCUGGACAGCUACGAGGUGUCCGGCGGGACGGUCCGGGACCUGCUGGCGGCGCUGCGGGCGGUGGGGGAGUGUCGGGCGCUCGCCGUGCUGGAGGCGGCGCUGCAACGCCGCGUGGAGGCUCCGCCCCUCGACACCAUGACAGGUGAGCACCGUCGCGACCCGGUCCUGGAGCCGAAGGCCGACGUGGACAGCGGCGUCUGCGACAGCGGGGUGGAGCUCUCCACGGCGUAGCCGCCCCAUUGGUCCGCCCUCCGUCUGACUCCGCCCCCGCCUCGGAGGAGGCUCCUCCCCCUCACGACGGCUCCUCGCCGCUCCUCUCCAGACUUCCUCCAGUUUCUCUGAGCGGACCGUCCCAG